AAGGAGAGGGGAGGAAAAAAGAAAAGACAAAGGAAAACGCUCAUGUGGAUAAAGCAAUCAAGCAAGCAAGAUGCAGUGCCUCCGAGAUCAGGAUGCUCUCAUCCCUCAGCCCCGUGGGGAUGUGCCUAAGGUGUGUGCUGCGGCGCUGGCUGCCAUAACAAUAGGAGGCAUCAUGGUUUUGUCCCCUGAAAGGUUAUUUGGCUGGGUUGCCAUGGUAACACUCAUCCUAACCCUUGGCCCUCUGAUGCACGGAGUCUGUCUGAUGGCAGAGGAGAUACUGCACCAUGCAAACACUAGGUAUCGAGGCAGAGCGCUGUGGAGCCAGGUGCUGACAGCCUGUGGUUUGAGGGGGAAGACCCUGCUGGUUGCAGGGCUGGCAGUACUUCUGCUCUACCUGGGCGGAGAUCCUCUCCCACACAAAGGCCAAAGCUGGAAACUCCUCUUCUUAGCCUCUGGUCUUUACGCACUGUUGAAAAGCCUGGGCGUCCUGGGUCCGUCGGAUGUGGAGGUGUCAGACAUCUGCGAGGGGAGGAAGAUGAACGUGGCCCAUGGCCUGGCCUGGUCCUUCUACCUGGGCUACCUGCGUCUGGUGCUGCCACGGUUGGAGGACUCCAUCACAGCAUUUCAGGCCACGCACCAGGCCAGCUGUCCCUACUGGGGUCGUGGCUCCAGGAAGCUUCUCAUCCUCAUACCUCUAAACGCCAACAUCUCUCACAAGCUGGAAGACGAGGACGACAACAUUCAUUUCUAUGACAACCUCCCUAACAACGAAAUAGACAGGGCGGGGGUGCGGGGACGGGUCUACAAGCACAGUGUCUACAGAGUAGUGGAUGAGCAUGGGAAGGCCCAUGAGUGUGUGGUGGAAUAUGCAACGCCACUGCUGACGCUCUACAAGAUGUCCCAGGAGAGCAGCGCUGGUUUCGGGGAGGCCAUGCGCAGGCAGCAGGUCCUGCUCUUCUACAGGACCCUGCAGGAAAUACUGGAUCACUCGCUGGAGUGUCGCAACCGCUUCAAACUCAUCCUUCUCAAUGAUGAGCAUGUGGACGACCCUCACUUCCUGUCCAAAGCCAUCCUCAGACACUUGGAGCAGCAGGAGAAAGAGGAGUUCUGCCUCACUCCACCACCUCACCAGGAGACGGCGCACCUGUGUGCCGAUACUUCAUUUGCACAGCAAAAUGGCCUGCCCAUAAACCGUGACUGGCACCACCCCGAGCCAAUGAGCAGGGAGCCCACGCUCAUGUUCAGCCUGGAGCAACCUCUGCCUCUCAGGGAACCUGUUGAGAAUACUGACCAUUAUCAAGGAAGAACAUAACCUUAAACACACCACAGGAACAGGGAAAAAACAUAAAUACACACACACACACACAGACACCUCAUCAGUCAUCCGUAUUCCUGUCCUGUCAUACUGUAGUUGUGUUAUAUACCAACCUGACAUUAGAGAUUAAAAAUAUUGUAUACUACUCUUUUCUGACAUUUGAACUUCUUUAAGGUUUUAUAUAUGGACCCUAAAUGAGUUCAAAUCAACUGGUGUCUGG